UUAAAAUACAUUGUUGUUUAAAAAAAAAAUAUUAUAAAAGUUAUACAAAAACUAUUCUCUGGCGUUAUUCCAUUUAUAGAUAAAUGACAAUUGAAUGCAUUAAUCACGGUGGAAUUCGAUGUGUAGUUCAUUGGAUGAAGGAAUAUCUCUUCAAAGCUUAUAAAAAUGUGUUAUAAGUCUACAAGCAAAUCAUGCUUGAUGUUUGCAUAUGUAAUGAUAGGUCAUACGUGUAUAUACAUCGUUGAAUUUCUCUAUUUUUUCUGGACUUCUUUAAAUCCAGGUUGGAUCGCGUUGUUCAAAAUCAUGUCUGAGUUCAUUGUGAUACCUCCCUCUCUUCUAUUAUCAAUAGGUAUUAAAAAGGAGAAUCUAACCAUAGUUUUAAUUUCUCAAGCAAUGUACAUAACCUCAGGAGUAGCCCAUCUACUCUUUGCUACUGUUCUCUGCAUGUUUUUAUAUAAUGACGAAGAAGUGGGAUUAGUAAUUGCAUACUUUCUGAUCCAGCGAAUCUUUUUUUUUAUUCUUAUGUUUUACGGUUUUUAUAUUGUACAACGACACAUUCAGUAUGAGUGCAGUUUGAGGUGUGACAAAGAACAAGCAGCGAUAGCUCGAAUUAAAUGUAAGGAUAUUGUAACAAGACCAACACCUGGAGGCCCUGGUCAUACAAUGAGAAGGGAUUCACCCUCAAAGAUGUCAUUUAUGGUUCCUAUGUGUAAGGAAAGACCAGGACAGGGAUAUGACCCGGCUAGGAAUGUCAUUUACAAUUUACCAAGGGUGGUAGGACCAAAUGAAUUGAGAGACACCUCUCAGUUUAUAUGCGCCCCUUUGAGAGACACAAGAACAGGGGAAUCAACAAUAGCUAAACGAGGUGGAGUAGCAAUCAGUAAAUACACUCAACCUCAGUAUGCAGAAGGAAGAAAUUUAUCUAUGAAUUAUAUACCGGAAAUGGAGAAAGGAUGUGUUAGUCUGAGUAACCCAACAACAAAAGAUGCCCGGUCUCCAACCAGUGAAGGAGGAAGUACUGGUUCACCAAAUAUUUAUUUAGGGAGGAUUGGAGGUAGUGGAGGCAGCAGUGCUAGCCCAAGGAGUCCUGGCAGUCGAAGUAGAUUAGCUACUUCUUCAAGUGGCACUCAAAUAAUACAAACAAAAUAUGGUGGUUCUAUCAGCAGAUCUCGAGAAGAUUUGGCCGGCAGCAAAAGAACAAUUAAUUUCUCUCCUUCCACUCAAGGUGAAGGAGAAAUUGGACGAUUUAGAACUACUGAUAGAAGAAAUGCUCCACAGGCAUGGGUUCCAUCUGCAAGACAACCGGAAGUUCAAUCUCCAUUUAUGAGGCAAAAUGAGAGAUAUGGAGCUCAAAAUUAUCCUCCUCAACAGUUCCCUAUAGGAGAAGACCAACCACCCCAAUUAGCUCCAGUUGAUUAUCCACCAUUUACAACACCUCAUGGUGCCUGCACCAUAGGCACCCAGGAGCAACCAGCCUACGGAAUGGUUCACAGGAUAAGUGAUCAAUGCAGAGAAACAAUGAGAAGACCAGAUGUCUUGAGCCUGGGAGAGCGAAUUAAAUGUCCGCCAAAAGUAUUUAAAGAGGCUGCGACUGGAGGAGAAAUUUCAAUGAAAAGUAAAUGGGCACAGACUGAUAAAAUACCAGUUCCUCCACCAGCACCACCACUGGAUCCUGUACCACCUAGGCUGUCAAAAAGUGAUCCUUGUGUACUAAAGGCUGGACCCAUAAAUGAACUGCAAGGAGAGUUUAAAGGAAAUAGAGGCUUACCAGGACCUGAUCCCAUUUUAGGUGAUGAUACUAAUUGUCUUGUUAAAAGGGGUAUUUCUGAACAGAGGUUGCGGAGAGUCCGAGGAGCAAAUGUUGGCUUCAUAUAAUGGAACACAAUUAUAACAAAACUUACAA